AUGCCUGUGAGCGAAAUAAGUAGAUUAACAAGAACUACAGCGAGAGGAUUUCUGUCAAGAAACCCCGAACCUAAAUUCAAGUACAUUGAAGAUCCUGCAGAAGUUGUUUCUUUGACGUACAGGAAUCAAUUUAGUCAAUACAACAUGAAAUAUCAUGAAUAUAAUCUCACGGUUUCGCCGAUCUUCGGUUGUUUCAGAGAUCAAAGAGUGUCUUUCCAUUUCGACUGGGACACACUGAAAGUUACCGUCGAUAAUAACUUGGCUUACGUCAUGGUUUUGCGUAUAGGGACUUCCCCGGAAAAAUUCAUCAGAUUUUGCCUUAAUUUUCUCUAUUCAAGCGAUGCGGAGAAUAUUUUGAGGUAAGGUGAUAAUUAAUGCUUUUGGCUCGUGCUCUUUGCAUAAUUUUUGUCCGACACUCUUCUUUGGUGAUUAUUAAAAUGCAAUAUUUACGUUUGAGUAGCGGUUUAGUUUAAUGUUGAGGCCGGACAGAUUUUAAGGAAAUGCUAUCCACAUUUAUCGGUAACAGCGUUUCGACUUAGCACCCGUCUAAAAUCAAAAUAUCAGACUGUUUUUAAUUUUGAGGGUUCGAAGUUCAUUUCUAAAGCAAAUAUCAUAUCGUUUCAGCGAACAUGAUAUGUCGAUAUUUAUGUUAUAACUGUAACAAUAUUUUCCUCUUUAAAGAAAUUAAAAUGGUGAGAUAUUUUUUUUACAAUAUAGGUUAAACAUUUAACAAUUAUUCCUCGAGCCCGAAUGGGCCGAAUGGGCUAUUGAUUCAGGGGCCAUGAGAGAGAAAGGAAUAACUGUUUUUAUAGUAAAAUCCAACUAGUUGGUCAAAAAUACGGAGACUAAACAACUUUAGACGGUUAAAGCUCGACUUCAAUCCUUUUUUUGCCGCCAAAAAGCCGGAACUUUUCGCUACUAGUGGGCUAUAACAUAUAAAAUAUAGCCUAGCUCAACCAUUCAGAACGCAACAUUGAUAAUUUUCCACUACUUGGAUUUUACUAAAUGCAAGAGAGAAUGUCUUCCUAAAGGUCAGUAUACACGUGCUGAUGAGACAGACAGACUGACGUAUAUCCUGUUUUGUUGGUCUUAACCCCUGGAAUACAAAAUUUUUAGAGAGAAAAAACCGCAUUUUUUAACCGAGUUUUCCUUUUUGCACCUAUUUUGCACCAAUUAGCUUAGAAACGGGGAAAACAGAUGCUUUAAAUAUUUUUGCGAAUUUCCCUGUUAAUUGGAUGUACACUGUAAUUGAACUUCAUUUUUGUUUUUGCGCGUGCGCAUAAUCAAAAAUUGGACGUCUAUUUUUGGUGAAUCUUUUCCAUCCUUUUCCUUUUUUCUACAUCUAGUAUUUUUCCCACUUUAUCGUUUUUCUUACUCAUGGAAUUUUGGCUGGCUUACUCUCCAGGCCCCAUGCUAUACACUGGAUAAAUCUCUAUCCAUUUAUUACUUAGCGCGCCCAACCAAAACCGCCAUGCUACGCAGGCUAUGAAUAAUACAAUUGGUUUCCCUGAUACUUAUCUACUGGAUAGUGAUUUAUCCGAUGGAAAGUGUUAUCCAUGUUUUCAUCAACUGGGGAUAGGAAAGAAGGAAUUUUUAUGAGAAAAGAAAAGUACGUGAAAAGUAGUGAAAACGAAGUGGAUUUUUCUCGAAAAUGUUAGCAGGUUCUUUGUGUGUAACUAUGAGGAUUGGUCAGAAUUUCCAAAAUGUGGUAUCAGUUUGCAAAUAUUUAUCCUUCCUGAAUUCAUUACCUGAAAACUUAAUCACUUAAUCACUCAUAAUCUGCAUCGUUCCAUAUAUAUAAUGACCAGAUCCGUAGCCAAGAGGUUAAAGAGAGGAAGAAUAUUGUGCAGUAAAAAUAAAAAGAGGAGACACCUAGAUCUCGAUUCGAUGAUCGUUCUCGCCCGGCCACAGUAUUUCAAGUGUCACGCGUCGCGCGUUGCCAACUGGGAGUGUAUAUAGUCACGCCUGUUAAAUAGAUCAUCGGGUACCCGCAACAUUGUUAACGAUAAUCAGCCAAUUUGGUCAAUAUGGUCCCCGGAAUUAAACGUUUUUUAAAACGUAAACGUCUUUUUUUUGGCUUGUCAUAUAAUUAAUCAUUGUUUAAAUUAUAUCUGCUUCAUUCAGACAAUAUAUUUGGCUGGUCAUGAUUAGCUAUCUGUAGUCAAUAGCCUCUGAAGGGUAUUUCCUUCCUACCCCGCCCCUCUUUUUUCUUUCAGGUCCCCGCACAGUUUGAUUUUUGUAGUUGAUAUUUACAGUUGAACCUCUCUACAACGGCCAUCUUGGGGACAGAAGUAAGUGGCCAUUGUAGAGAGGUUGAAACAAGAAAGAAUGAAACGGACUGUCCGUCAAAAAAAAUGGCCGUUGUGGAGAUCGAGGUGGCCGUUCGUGGAGAUUCGACUGUAUUUAGUAUACUUUAUAAUGGUUUUACGCAUUGUCACCAAUUAUUUCCCGCGCGUAAAUAGAUAAUGGAUAUAAAUAUAUUUCGUGGGAAAAUUGCAAUUUUAAGAUUAAGAUCUUUACCACCUUGCUGACUGUAGCAACACUCAACCCGUGAUCUGCAAAAAAAAUCACAAAAGAUUACUGUUUGUAACAGACUUAUAUGGGCCAUAGAGUGAUUUCUGUCUCGCAUGCAUGUAUCCAACUUCUUGACAUUUUUCAAAUCUCAAUAUGUUUUACAUGUUGGUGUUCUAAAAAGCCUCAUCAUUGCAAGUGUUUUUUUUUCUUUUUGAGCAGUGAGCAUCAAAUAAACAGCGAUGAGGUUCAGGUUAAGACAAUUGAGGAAACCACUCACGAUACCCCUGCCUCCUUGGUCGUGCAGUGCCUAAGAUCAGCGGUUCUCAACAUAGCAAGCAUUCCUGGGAAUCAAAUCCAGUCUCUACCAAUACAGUUUCAGGAACAAUUGGCGCCAGCAUCGUUCAUUGAAGUGACAUUCAACCUGUGGCCAAGAUACGUACGAGGGGAACGCAUCAUUCUUGCUGUGAAAAGCGACAUGGUAAUCAGCGAGGUCUUACUGCUGCUGAGACAGAAACUGAAGCUUGCAAGUCAUCUAAGAGUUUGCUUGUUUAGAAACUGUCUCCCAGCGGAAGAUGAUGACAUUCUUGAAACCAAAGACAUUGUCUAUGAUUGUGUAUUCAGUACAUGGCGCCGGGUGCCAACCAGUGAAACAGUAGAGUCUAAGCAAGUCUUCCCUACGGCGUCCCAUAAAGAUGUAAGUAUCUUGGGUUUUUUGAUUAGAUUUCUUUAGAGGCCCUGACUGACCGGUGACUUGCGCCCGGGCAGGGUUACUUCCUCAGGCAAAAAAUAAUAAUGAUCAUAAAGUAAGUAAAAUACGGUGAAAUUAAAUGGAAUGAAAUCAAAUACAAGACCAAGAGAAAGGACGAAAGGUGGGCUUUGUUAAAAAUCUACGACGCAGGGCUGAGAGAUUUUCCUUUUCAUGUCUUUCAUUAACCCUAUUCAGACUGGGCUUUUUUGGUCAAUCUGUGACUGGGGGGGGCUCCUCGGACCCCCCUCUGUAUCUCUGGAACCAAUAAUGCUAGGGUCAUGAAAUUUACACACAAUGAUCAUCUCCGUACAAAGAAGCCCCACACCCACUUUUGACUUGCCACGCCCAAUGAUGACGUCGCAGUGACGUCAUAUUCCGAUUUUUCAAUGUUUCUUAUUAUUUUUCCACUUAGAUACGUAAACUAUCAGUAAUAUUGGUAAAGUCAUCUCUUUGUUAUCCUUUCUUAUGAACUAGUAACAAGGAAACACUUGUACAGCGAGAAAAAGCAAUAGGAAGCAAUAAAAUUUAAAAUUUGAAAUGGUUGUCCGCCAUCUUGGAUUUCAGUUUUUUUGUUAAAACUAUAAUUUAAAGCAACUUUCAAAGGGGAAAAAGCUCAGAAUGUAUAAAAGAAGUAUCAAACUAAUGUUUAUUACCCAAACAAAUGACUUUGGAAGUGUUAUUUGGAAAAUAGAGCAGCAUAUUUGUCAAAGCAAAAAAGUGACAAAUUUUACCCCACCCCUCCCCCCCCAAAUAUUCGAUGUUGAAACAUUUUGAUGUAAUUCAAAAACUAGUCCCAAGCAAAGACCAUUUUAACAACAAAAAGCACUAUAAGAGUAAAAACGCGAUCUUAAAACAAAAAAAAUCACCAUUUUUUAAAUUUUACGAAACCUAUGUGUCAGAAACUGGUUGCCAUGGCAACAUGAUUAAUCACAUGGACAUGGUAAUUAUACUAAAAUAUUCCUAGAUAAAUUUUAGGAAAAGUCAGAAAAUUUGAACGUCAUAGUUCUUUCGGUGUAGGAGUUAUCACGAUUUUGCCGGAGGGGGGGCUCGAAAAGCCUCCCCCAGUCUGAAUAGGGUUAAUGAAAAUUUCACACGAUUUCUUUUUCCAGAUUAUCGUUGCAUCAUUAGUUGGAAAUCAAAUUAAGGAAGUCUGCAUUAACUUGUCUCUUCCCCUCAAAUUCUUGGACAAACAGCUUCGCCAAACAUUUCGACUUAAACCGUGGAGCUUUUUGGUGAUGUUCCUUCCACGCGACAACCAGAGGAUAUUUUAUGCUGGGAGAGUAAUUCACACUUCAUUUGAGGAAGAAUAUGCCAAAUUUCUCAUAUCAAACGGGAAGAGGAAUUUUCCCAAACCAGACAAAGGCAUUGAAACUUUGUCAAUAAAUGGGAUGUACAAAGAGUGUUCUGUUUUCAAGAAAUCUCUUCGUUGUUUAGGCUUUUACCCGGGAACCCUCGUCGAAGUUUUCGAAAUCACAGGACCGAGUAUUCCGGUCAUGUAUUCUGGCGCAGUAACUAAGGCUCAAGUGAUUGACGUGAAUCCUGAUUGGUCAUUGCAGACGUUUAUAUAUUAUGUUAGAGUGAACACGCCACAGGCUUCUAGCAUUGAAUCAAUUGAUUACGUGAACGACUGCAGUAAAGGAAAAGUGAGAGAUGUAUUGGAGAUGAUGAAGAACUUGUGGAAUCGACCUGAUAAUGGCAGCCGGCUUGAAUAUCUCAGGUUACGAAGUUAA